AAAAAUCAAAUAUGAACCCCCACUCAUCUUCAUCUCCAAAGCCACACCAAAAGAAUCACAGCAACCAAUCCGAAACCCGCCACCACACCGCCACCAGAGAUGGCGGCGAUAGCCGCCGCAGUCGCCGCCGCGUCGUCGGCCCUGAACUCCCUCCACCUCUCUCGACCCUCGUCUCUCAUCCGCACUCGCUCCCACCUCCGCACCCUCACCUCAUCUCUCUCUUCGCCGUCCACAACCCAAUUCAACAUCACCUUCGCCCCUCCCAAACCCAAAACCCCAAAACCCAACCCAGACCCAAUCUCUCCCGACGAACUAGGUCAACAACUCUUCAUCCCAUGGAUCGUCCGCGACGAGAAGGGCAACCUCACUCUCCAGUCCACCCCACCGCCUCGUCUUCUUCACGAAAUGGCCAAUGCCAAGACUCAGUCCGCCAAGAAGAAGAAGAAGAAGAAAGAGAGCUCAAUCAAUGCUGUCCCAACAUCUGAGCCCAAGCAUUCCAAAGCAGCAAGGAGAUUUUAUAAUCAGAAUUUCAGAGAUCCUCCUCAGCGCCUCAGUAAGGUUCUUGCUUCUUCCGGAGUGGCAUCGAGAAGGAGCAGCGAAGAGCUUAUUUUCCAGGGAAGGGUGACUGUUAAUGGUUCUGUGUGCAACACUCCUCAGACUAGAGUUGAUCCUGCCAGGGAUAUAAUUUAUGUCAAUGGAAACCGCCUUCCUAAGAAAUUGCCUCCAAAGGUGUAUUUGGCCUUGAACAAGCCAAAAGGGUACAUAUGCUCUUCUGGGGAGAAAGAGACUAAAUCAGUGAUAUCUCUUUUUGAUGAUUAUUUGAAGAAUUGGGAUAAAAGGAAUCGGGGACAACCUAAACCAAGAUUGUUUACUGUUGGCCGCCUUGAUGUUGCCACAAGUGGUUUAAUUAUUGUAACAAAUGAUGGGGAGUUUGCUCAAAAACUUUCACAUCCUUCUUUUAAUUUAUCAAAGGAAUACAUUGCAACUAUAGAUGGUGUGGUCAAUAAGCGGCACCUAAUAGCAAUCAGUGAGGGAACAGUCAUUGAAGGCACCCAUUGCACCCCAGAUGUUGUUGAGCUUCUACCACAACAGCCUGACAUAUCAAGACCUCGACUUCGUGUUGUGGUAUUUCUGUUGUUCUCUUCUAGAAAAAUAAUUUUAAUGUCAUAUUCAGAAGCCUUAUAAUGGCAUUUUGAUUGU